AUGAAAGUCAUCAUAGUCGGCGCGGGAAUCGGCGGGCUGGCCUGUGCCAUUGCUUGUCGCCGGAAGAACCUCGAUGUGCUUAUCCUGGAACAAUCAGCUGAAAUUCUGCCAGUCGGCGCUGGGAUCCAAAUCCCUCCAAAUGGAGCCCGGAUCAUGCGGGAACUCGGUCUCCUGCCUCAGAUCGAGGAGAAAGGCAUGAAACUCGAGUUCAUGGAUCUGCGACGCUACAAAGACGGGAGGAUCAUCGCCUCGAUGCCCUGCGGUGAGACGGUGGAGAAGGAAUAUGGAGCGCCGUGGAUCGUCAUCCAUCGCGCCGAUUAUCAUCGGAUUCUUCUUGACAAGGCUAGAGACCUAGGAGUGGAGAUUCGCCUGGGCGCUCUCGUGGACAAAGUCCUCGUUGACGAGACUGCAGUCAUCGUGGGCAACGAGAUGAUCACCGGCGACGUGACCAUUGGUGCUGAUGGUCUCUGGUCCAACGUCCGCGAAGUCGUCCUCGAUGAACCCCAUCCACCCGAAGAAACCGGAGACCUAGCCUACCGCGCUACCUUCUCGCGAGCUCAGCUUGUGGCCUUGAAUGAUCCAGAGGUGGAAGCACUCUGCGAGAAGCAAGGCGUGACUGCCUGGCUAGGCCCCAAGAAACACGCCGUCUUUUACCCCGUUCGCGGAGGACAAGAGUAUAACCUUGUUCUGAUCCAGCCUGAUGAUCUGCCGCCGGGAGUGCGCACGACGCAGGGGGAUGUGGAUGAGAUGCGGUAUGGGUAUAGAGAGUGGGAUCCAACGCUCGGGAAGAUGAUCUCCUGUAUCCCGACCGUCCUGAAGUGGAAGCUGUGUCAUCUUCCCGAGUUACCGAAGUGGACUAAGGGCUCCGUUACGCUGCUAGGAGAUGCGUCCCACCCGACUCUGCCAUAUCAAGCCCAAGGGGCCGCCAUGGCUGUGGAAGAUGGCGCAGUGCUGGGGAUGUUGCUCCAUCACGUAGCAUCCUCCCAUGACUAUAGAUCAAAGAUCCCACAAGCACUGAAACUCUACGAAGACAUUCGAAAGUCCCGGACCGCCCGGAACGUCCAAGGCGCCAUCCGCAACCGAGGCGGGUUUCACCUGGCCGACGGCAUCCUACAACGACUGCGCGACUUGGUUUUGAUGUGGUCGGGGCUGACUCGAGAGACAGACUGGAUUGGGCUGAUGUCUUCGCGCCAACGAGCUGUUUUGGGAUUUGAGGUUCUGCAAGAGGUAGAGCAAAGGCUGCCAGAGCUGAUGACAUGA